AUGCCAAACUCGGCCUUGUUGAGACAACCGCCGGCCAACGAGGAUGACUUGUUCAUAAUCAAGGGCAUGUACAGAGCAGCCUACGCUUUCGACAAAGACGCAAGCAAGGGCUACCUGUUCGUUCCGAAGAAGCCCGAGGACUAUGAGUACAACGACAAGCAAGCCAGCAUUGUUGUUGGCUUGGUUAUGGCGAUAGUCAUAAUGUUGUUCACCACAGUUCUACGACUCACCCUUCGACGGUUCAGGACGGGUGUGAGAUGGGGUGCGGACGACUGGAUCUUGAUUCCAGGAGUGAUCAUGGCCAUGCUAUAUCCGAUACUGCAAAUAGCAAUGGUCGCACAUGGUGGAGGCGGAAAACAUACAUGGGAUGUGACCUAUGCCGAGUACUACAUCUUCAACAAGCUCGCAAUCGUCUGCAAGAUCAUCUUCUUCACCACCGUCGGCAUUAUCAAGAUAUCCAUCUGUCUUUUCCUCCGCCGUAUCUCCGAAGCCACCUCGAAGUAUCCUAAGAUCGCCAACGACAUCUUUCUCUUCCUGCUCAUUGCAUACACUUUGCUUGCCCUGUUUUGGUCAUGCUUCCAAUGCUCCCCGGCGCCAGCAAUGUGGGACAAGAUAUACUCUGGUAAACUCGCGCAACCUGCCAAAUGCUGGUCAACACUGGUGGUCGCGAAUACGCUCAGCGUUAUCCACGUUGUCAUGGACUUUGUCUUACUUCUUACACCAAUCCUGGUGCUCUGGAACGUACGUCUGAACAAGAAAACAAAGAUCAGAUUGUUCAUAGUAUUCUCGAUGGGGUCAUUAUCUUGUGUGGCUAGUGUUCUGCGAGAGCUUGCACAGAAGAGUAUAAGCAAAGACAUCACCUACGGAUAUACAAGUCUGCUCGCAUGGACCGUAGUCGAUUUGACACUCGCAGUAGUCGUAGCAUCUCUACCAGUGAUCAGUACGCUCAUUCCAAAAGCAUGGGGUGAGAUCACCCAUUCAUCGCGCAUUCGCAGGACUACGCUGGGACAAGCAACAUCAAAAGGAACACAGGGACAAUCCAUCAUUGGAAGAGCUCGACGUAACACGAUCGAUUCAGAAGAAGAUGGUAUUCUACGCGAAGAUCGUAUCGAGUUGACCUAUGCUCGUAACUCGAAACGACUCGAGCCGCGAGAUGCUUCUCAAACUUCUUUGUAUGCAAGUCCUCAUGCGAGACAUGCGAUUUAA